UGAAUUAGCGCCACCACAAUCAGGGUACCCUCGAAUAAGGCUCGAAUCUAGGUUCUCGCUGGUCCGGGUUUCGCAUUCAAGCCAGCUGGUCCGUCCUGCCGUCUCGGCCUAUCGCCCGGAAGGCAAAGCGACCCGCGAUGCUUUCGACGGCGUCGCGUCGCCAAGCGAUGGCCCUUGCGGGUCGCGCGCGGCACGGGAUGACGUGGUCAUUCGCCUCUUCGAGGCUCCUCUCCUCCCUGUCCGGCCUGGACUUCGCUACAGUCGACCCCGUUUCGCUACAAGCCUCCGACUCCAAGAUUUUCAACCUCGUGGGUGGGGAGUGGAGGGGCAGUGAGCGGAGAGCGGUGAUUGUGGAUCCCUUGAAUGGGAGGGAUAUGAUCUCAGUGCCGGAUGCACAGGCACAUGAGAUUCAGCCGUUUGUGGAGAGCCUCUCUCAGUGCCCCAAGUCCGGCCUGCACAACCCGCUCAAGAACCCGAGCAGGUAUCUCCUGUACGGCUCUGUGUCUGCUGCUGCUGCCCACGCUCUCAAGAAGCCCGAGGUGUCUGAAUUCUUUGCCCGCCUCAUCCAGAGGGUGUCGCCCAAGAGCCUGUUUCAGGCGCGGGCCGAGGUCUCCGUGACACAGAAGUUUCUGGAAAACUUCUCGGGCGACCAGGUUCGGUUCUUGGCUCGGUCGUUUGCCGUGCCUGGCGACCACACGGGCCAAACGAGCUCCGGACACAGAUGGCCCUAUGGCCCGGUGGCCAUCAUUUCGCCCUUCAAUUUCCCACUGGAGAUCCCCAUGCUUCAGCUCAUGGGUGCGCUGUAUAUGGGGAAUAAACCGCUGCUCAAAGUGGAUUCCAAGGUGGCAGUGGUGAUGGAGCAAGCUCUGCGCCUGCUGCACGCGUGUGGCAUGCCGCAUGCUGACGUGGACUACAUCAAUUGUGACGGGCCCGUCAUGCACCAGCUGCUGCUGCAGUCCCAGCCGGCCGUGACUCAGUUCACAGGCAGUGCGCGAAUCGCCGAAAUACUGGCCAAGGACCUGAGAGGCAAGGUGAAGCUGGAGGACGCUGGAUUCGACUGGAAGAUCCUGGGGCCCGAUGUGAAAGAGCUGGACUACGUGGCAUGGGUGUGUGACCAGGAUGCAUACGCCUGCAGCGGUCAGAAAUGCUCUGCCCAGUCCAUUCUCUUCAUGCACAAGAACUGGGUGCAAGCAGGCAUUUUGGAUCGCGUUCGGUCAUUGGCCGCUCGUCGCAACCUUCAAGACCUCACCAUUGGUCCUGUGCUUACAGUGACAACAGAGGCGUUCCUAAGCCACGUGAACGACCUUCUCUCCAUCCCUGGAGCCCGUUUAGAGUUUGGCGGGAAGGAACUGCAGGGGGGGCAGCACAGCAUUCCCAAGUGCUAUGGCGCGGUGGAGCCAACAGCUGUGUUUGUGCCGCUUAAAGCCAUGCUGGAGAGCCGGAAGAAUUUCGAGAUUGCCACUAAGGAGGUGUUUGGGCCCAUCCAGGUGGUGACGGAGUAUGACGACAGCGAGAUUGACCUGGUCUUGGAGGCCAAUGAGAGGAUGACAGCUCAUCUCACCGCUGCUGUGGUCUCCAACGACCCCAUCUUCCUGCAGCAUGUGCUGGCAAACACAGUGAAUGGAACCACCUAUGUCGGGCUGCGGGCGAGAACCACAGGGGCACCACAGAAUCACUGGUUCGGACCUGCUAAUGAUCCUCGAGGUGCAGGAAUUGGAACUCCUGAAGCCAUUCGCCUGGUCUGGUCGUGCCAUCGAGAGAUCAUAUCGGACUAUGGCCCGGUUCCUCCUGGAUGGACCCUUCCGGCAUCUACUUAGUACCCUUCGUGUAUACCUUAAGUUGCGUUCCCAACAUUUCCAUAACAAUUCUUAUAUUGUACCAAUAUUAAUCAUUUUCCAUGAAGUAGCUUGUCAAAAAUAUUUGGUAACUAAAUGCUG